CUCAGUCUUUUUUAAACAUGACUCACAUAUGGCUCCUCCUAUGGCCAAAGCUCACUUCCACCACCGCCACCAAAUGCGACGGUGACGGUGAGGGCGCCGCCUCCACCGCCGCCGCUUCAAAAGCGCCCACCACCACCACCACCACUUCUUGCACUAGUACCACUACUUCAACCCAUUGUCAUGGGUUAAGAAAACUAGUGAGGAAACUGAAGAAACAGAGCCGAAUGCUCCGGGCGGCGGCGACUCGGCCGAGUUCGGGUUCUACGUUUCAGUGCAAGUAUGACCCACAGAGCUAUUCUCUCAACUUUGAUAGCAGUGGGUGGGGGAGCUUCUUGGAUGGAGACUACUACCAGUUCCACGCCUUCUCCUCGAGGUUUGUGGCCAACCCAACUACCCUCCCUCCAAGACUAGUCGCUCCUUCUCAUUAGAAACAAUUUCUUUCUUUACUUCUCUCUUUUUACAUAUAAGUACUAAGCCUCUUGCAUGCAUCCGUGUUGCACUUAGACAACUCAAAAACCAACGUGCAUGAAGAGAAUGGAUGGGAGUGAGGCAGAUCUUUCUUUAUUUCUUUCUUUUUUCCUUUUUUUUAUAUGUAUGUAAGCAUUUUCUAUGUAUCCAGCACUUAGACAACUCAAGAGCACAAACGAAGAGAGAGUGGAUAGGAGAUGGAGAGAUCUUUCUCUCUCUCUCUCUUUUGUAUGUUAACUAAGUACUUUCUAUGCAUAUGUGCUGCACUUAGACAACUCAAAAGCAUGAAGAGAGAGUAGAUAGGAGCAGGGGAGAUUCUUUCUUGUAAUGGGUAUGGAGUCUAAGUGUACUUGGAAAGUUAACUGCACUGCUGGUUUCUACUUUUACAGUAAAAACGAGAUGUGCUUUCUUUGGGUUUA